AUGAUAGCUAAUAUUCUCAAACUACACAGAGUGCUUCUUGUUUUGACGUGUUUCAUUCUCCCUAUAUUUGCUAUGCAGGACAGUGAUAUGCAUAUGUCAGGUAUGGACGACACAAGUGAUUUGACAAGUCCUGAAAUUACCAACGGUACAGCAAAAUCGUUUCAUUGGAUUGCGACAGUUUUUUUCCUAUUUAUGUUGCCUGGUAUUUCAUCUGCUUUUUCUUUCGCCAAGAAGACACACACUUCAGUUUUGUUGCAAGGCAUAUCAGGUGUAUAUGCACUUUUAGAGGCUACUAUUUUAAGAUUCCCAGAUGGAAAAGGAGUAGAGAAUGUUACUUCCAGAGCAACAGCAUGGAUUGUACUCAUUUUAACUAGUCUUUCAUUGUUUUUUGGUAUGUUGAAUAGUGGCACUAAGCUCGUUAUUUCAAAUAAACGAUUGAAUAAAUUUGCUUCAGCUGCUGGAGAAAAAACAUUGAAUGUAAUACAUUCAUAUUUAUCUCUAUUUACAACUAUUGUUGGAUGGGUCAAAGUUUGCUUGGCACCCAUCUCAAUGUUCGGUUUUUGUAGAGAUGGUCACACAGGUCAAUGUUUAGCUCAUGGAAUUAUGGGAUCUAGUUUUGUCCUUUAUGGGUUUAUUUAUUCAAUGGUAUUACAGGUUCCAUGGUUACGAAAUUCAACUUCUUCUUAUAGUCAAGAUUACAUUGAUAGUUGGAUUAUGUGUUUAUACGGUAUUGUAAAUACUUUCACAGAACAUAGGUGGGGUAGAGAAGAAUGGUUCAUGCAUGACUAUCAACAUACAGCAAUGGGCAUAAUAUGGUGGGCUGGUGGUAUCUUAGGUAUCUAUUUAGGAAGAAAUAACAAAAGAACUUUUAUACCAAGUUUGUUAAUUAUUUUCACUGGUUGGUCCAUGACACAACAUUCGCAGCGGUUAAUUAUCAGUACAAAAGUUCAUUUGUUUUUUGGUAUAGUACUUAUGAUAGGAGGUGCAUUGAGGAUCUUUGAAAUCAGUGUCUUAUUAAGAGACAAAAGAUCUGCUGGAGAUAUAUUAUCAUUCCAAUAUCUUGCACCUUUUUGUCUUGUUUCAGCAGGGAUCUUAUUUAUGGGAGCGACGGAAGAACAAGUAACAUUGGUGUUAAGACUAGGCGCUGAGCAAAGUUCAUACAUUUUAGUAGCAUUAUCUGGUGCAUUCUUAGUUUACUUCUGGAUCUUAGUUUGUCUAGAUCUUUACGUUUAUCUAGCUGAAGAACAUGAUCAGAUUGGGUUUCUGAAUAAAUAUGUUGAUUCCAGACAAAUUCCUGACCCACGAGCAGAAUUUGAACUAGAGGAAGACAUAAAUGAUGAACCGGUUGAAGUAAGGUCGGAUAGCUUUGAGAUGUAA